AUGCUGACUUUUCUGGUGCUGGGUCAACAGCACCUUGACCACGGGCCUCGUUCUGUCUUGUGUAGUUGUCAUCUGGACCCACGGACGGUUGUGUACCAGAACGGCAUCUCCAAGGCAUCCCGGUUUUCUUUUGAGGCCUUCCGCUUUGUGGAGCACCGCAACAAGGAUAGGUCCAGCAUCUUCCUUAACUGCAUCGUGAGGCUCUGUGAACCCAGCAAAUGCCUGGAGAUCAUGAAUGCUUGUAAGACCACGAGGAAAAGGAGGGGUGCCAAAGCCUUCGGAGAGCCGUCAGCUGACUCAGCAACAGUUUCCCUAGGUCCCAUCUACACCGCAGAAGACGGUGCUGCUACCUUAACUGGCGCAACUGAAUCCACCUACUUCUCCUCUGCCGCAGGCUGCGGCCACCGGCCCCCUAGAUCUGAGAUCAGUGUCUUCUUCUCUCUCUCCACUGCGGUCGGCGUCGUAAUGCUCAUGUUAAACUAGCUCCACCCUCAAAGCCACGUUUCCCUUCAGGUUUCUAUCACUAAGACCCUCGUAGACCAACAAAUUCUUGCUGGUUACAAAGGCAAACACCAAAAUUAGCUCCAUAAACACAUUAAUAUGCACUGAACGUAAAUACUGCUUCGGCGUCCAGAACUGGUUUACGUGCAAUUAAUGCAUUGCACGUUAAGGGGAGCCCUCUGACUCCCCGAGGGGAAUUCUGGGUAACCUGCUCAGAUCAGGGCUCUCUAAGUGCUGAGGUCUCGCUGGAGUCAAUUCUCUUACGACACCAUUUAGCCGUUUCCAAUUGACACGUUACAUUAUGUCUCGGAGGCUGAUCGACCUGUUGCUAGCCUGUGAUGGUUAUAUAUGUUUUUUCCUUGUCCCCGGUGCAUAUUAACGUAUUUCAAUGGUCAAUGUGACAAUGAAUCCAGCCUAAAAUCACGGGUCAUUAUCUUAAGCCUAGAACAUAAAAAAGAACCCUGAACGUAUAAAUGUAAAGAUAAUUAAUAUUAUUAGUAGAUUUUUA